AUAAUCUAGAACUCUAUGGCUAUUGUGGGCUUUGAAAGAUAAUCUAACCUAUACUUGAACGAAAAAGGCGGCAUAUCAAGAAUUCGAACGUUAAUUAUGCAGAAGAAGAAGGCUAGAAAAACAAGGCGUCAGCUUAUAGCAGAAAAGGCAGUAAUACAGCAGCAGCUAAUAAACAAGGCAAAUGCCUUGUCAAAUCCUUUAGAAACUCUGCAAAAGUUCCACGAGUAUAUCGCGAAGGAUAAUAACACAAUCAAGCUUUCUUGCGUUAAGGCGAAAGAUGCAUCAUCGGAGUGUUUCUCCUGGAUCUUAGAUAUUAUGGAGAGAAAUAUGAAGGAUAUGUACGAGCAGUCCAGUUGGAGCUGGAACGCGGCUGAGAAGCAGGCGGAAUUGACGGAAGAAACAGCGUGGUAUUUGAUAGCAUUGUAUGAUGACAAAUUUCUCGGCUUCUCACACUUCCGAUUUGACAUUGACAAUGGCGACGUAGUAUUAUAUUGCUAUGAAUUACAAUUGGAACCAUCGGCCAGACGCAAGGGGCUUGGUCGCUUUAUGAUGUCAGCUCUGGAAUCCAUGGCCUAUCAGAAUCAGAUGCUGAAAGUCGUUUUAACAGUUUUCAAGCACAAUCCAUCAGCGAUACAGUUUUUCUACGCUCUUGGAUACAAAUUAGACAAUUCAAAUCCACCGGUCUCGGCGCACUUAGACUACGUGAUCUUGAGUAAACAAAAUUUAUGUGAAUGAACGGAAAGUAACACACGUUA